AUGAAUCUGGAGAUGCUGCCCUGUCAAGUGAGAGAGCCCAUGACAGAUGUUCUCAAGCGAAAGGGCGAUUACCUGACAUCCAGGAAUGGGGACAACAAGGCAGACCCCAGAGGGCUCUUUGGAGGUGAGCCCCUUAGUCUGGUCACCCAGGAUCCUCCCCAGAGUCCAGAACUGUACCCAGAGGUGCUGGAUGAGAAUUCUACAGAGCAGCAGGAAGCUCGGCCUGGGUUUGUGGUUGGCAGCCCUGGCAGUCCACCUGACCCGGAGGGGCCAGAGGACAAGGCCCAGCCAGAGUCCAGGAUGGAGCUGGAGCAAGGGCUUGCUGCCCCAGCCGAUUCCUGUGCCAGCUCUCCAGAGCCCUUGGGUGGGCUCGAUGGUGCACCCCUGGAGCAGAGAAGACCUACGCAUGUGAAGAAGCAGCCUUGGGCAAGUCCAGACGACUCUAGCCAGGAUCACCCAGAGGGAGCCAGUAAUAAUGAUUUCCCCAGAUGGGUCUGCACUGGAUCAGGGAUCAAGCUUCUGGGAGCUGCCAGCAGCAAGCAUCCAGGACAAAUUGAACCUCUGGUGGAGCUGGACACCAACGCAGCCGGGAGGAAGAGCAGGCCCCUGACGUCUCUCCCUGCUCCUUGUCAGACUGACCCUUCAAACACUGAGGAUGAGGAGCCUCUUCAGCAGAGGGAAGAGGACCCAGGUGAGCAGGAGAUGGUGCCUUUGGAUGAUGGAGUGCGAUCCACCGUGGCCCGUGCAAUGCAGGAGGUGCUAUGGACUCGUGCCCAGGAGCUUCCCCACCUGGUAUUGAGGGAAGAAGAGGUAGAGAGCAUUGCAAAGGACAUUGAGGAGGCUCUCUUCCACCUGACUCAAGGCACCAACCUCCAAUACAAGAACAAGUACCGCAGCCUGCUCUUCAAUCUGAGAGAUCCCCGAAAUAUUGACCUGUUUCUCAAAGUGGUUCACUGUGACAUCACCCCUAACGACUUGGUACAGAUGAGCUCAAUCCAGCUGGCCUCCAAGGAGCUGUCCCGCUGGCGGGACCAGGAGGAGAGAAGGGGCUUGGACAUCAUUGAGCAACAACAGAAGGAACUGUACAGUCUCCCCACCUCCAAACUGACUCACAAGGGGGAGGUAGAGAUCCCACGGGACUCGGACCAGAUGCUGACCCUAGAAGACCUGAUGGAACCCAUGGUGCCCAGAGAGUGCAGCCUACAGGCCCUGACGACCCCCCUGGAGGACAUUACAGAUUGGCAUCAGCACCACCUCUAUGACUCUAAGUGCCAAAAUUGCACUGGUGGGAAGGAAGGCAGGAAGGUUGAUGGCGGUAGCCAGCCAGAGUUACAAGUGGACAUCAGCCACAAUAUGGAUCGGAAGUCCCCAACUAAACUGCCAGCCUUCUCCGGGGCCGUCAUGAACAGGGAGGAAAAUGCCAUCCAGAAAGCCCCAAGUUCAGCUCCUGCAUCCUCUCCAGAGGUGCUCAAGGCUGGGGAGACACCCCUCACGGAAUCACAGGACAGGCCCCAGAUGCCUGCUGGGCCUCAAAAUGCCCUGCCCAGCCCUCCACCCUGGGAGGGCUCACUGGACAUGUUCUCCAUUAAGCAGUUCCGGGCCAAGGCCCAGCUCAUCUCGGGACAUGGCUGUCAGCUUGUCCAGGCUCUUCCAGAGGUUGUUCGCUCAGCAGGCCGCCUCCCUCCAAACCAUGUUUGGGAUCUUCUAGAGAGUAUGGGCCCAUCCAGGGUAAAGGACAUCUGUGUGGUCAGAUUUUGUCCCCAGGAGUCUCGGGACAUCCAGAGCUACCGUCUGCUUUACUCCUACCUCAACAACAAGCAGUGCCACUGCCUGACGACGGUCCAGCAGGUGAAAAUGGUCAUGCUGCCCCUGCCUGCCUUUGAACCUCUGCCAGCCAGGCUGCGCUCUUUGGGGGGCCCAGGUCUUGAAACAACUCACACGAGCCUGUUACUAGCUGUGCUGUUUCCUAAGGAUAAGCUUCCACACACAGCUAUGUCCAGUCCUGUGUCAAACAAGGUCCCAAAGACCGUGUCCUUCAGCAAAAGAGUGGAAAGGAUAUGCUACUCACCAGAGGGCAGGAGGUCAGAGACCACUUCGUCUCCCCUUGAGGGGGGCCCAAAGAAGAGCUCAGCCAAGGGCAGCCUAGCUCCAAGGAGUGUUUGUGCUCCACAGAGCCUCCCCAGAGGCAGGGGGAGGCAGUGGUCCCCAGAAGCAGGCUGGCACCACUCCCAGCAUCCCAGUUCAUCAGGUCCAAUGUUCCCUGGCAUUGGCCAAGGACAGCACCUCCACAGGGCCUCCUGUUUCCACCAUGACCUACUCCAGCACCUCAAGGCCUUAGUGACCAUGAGUCACCAGUUCCAGGCCUCCCUGUGGCCCCAAAGCCAGGGUUCCCUCCUCCCAUCCACUGUAGUAUCUGCAGUUCCAGAUCCCCUUGGGCCUUCUUUGGGCCCCAAGGAUGGAGGUGGUUCUGACUGUCCCCUGCCGGAGGGGACAGACCCUUUAGAGCCACCAGAACAGGAGUGUUGA